AUGAAGCACAAUAAAGAUAAAUGCGUAGACUGUGGUAAAAAUCGAAAACUUAAACUUAAUAAACUAUGCACUAGUUGCAAUUCCAAACAAACUAAAUGCAGCAACUGUAAUAGAAAAAGAAAACUUAAAUAUGAGAACAAUAAGUUAUGUACUGAUUGUUAUCAUACACAACAAUUCCUGAAUUUUAAUAGCGGAAAUCAAGAUAUUGACAAUUUAAUUAAGGCAACACAUAAUCAUAAACUUAAGCUUCAAUAUAGAUUAGAGUGGAUCCCAUUCAAGGACUUUGUAGACAUAAAGCGGAUUGGAACGGGUGGUUUUAGUGAAGUCUAUACUGCUAA